GAAGGAUGUGAUUACAGCCUCUGUCGCGUGCCUCAUCGGCCCUUUACACUGUACGCUGUUUUGUGUGUUCCUCCUGCCUUUUUACCGUCGAAAUGGAGCUCGGUGGAAAUUGGCAGGCGUAAACCUCUUCGAAUUCUCACCCUUACCUUAAGAGAAUGAUCCACCGGCAAGUUAUUUUAUCCCAGGUUUUGGUGUACUUUGGGUUGACUGGUCAAUAUGCUGAUGCAGCUCUGUAGUAUCAAGAACUUGUACCAGAAUAGGUUCGUUGGCCUGGCUGCCAUGGCCUCCCCUACCCGCAGCAGCCAGACUCGUCAGCGCUACAAGAAUGCGGUUCGUCACAGUUACGGCCCAGACAGCUUUGCUGUCAAUGGUCUGAAUCAGGAGGAAUUCAUGAUGGGAUUGCCUCGGUCCACCAGUGACACUGAUUUGGUCUCUCCUGACACUCGCUCCACCCUAACCAUCAGCUCCUCCCAAUACACCAUAGCCCAGUCUGAAGACCUCGUAAUCACAUGGGAUAUCAAAGAAGAAGUCGAUGCUGGGGACUGGAUCGGCAUGUAUCAUGUUGACGAGGCUUUAUCUGAGAACUUUCUGGACUACAAAAACCGAGGCAUCAACGGAUCUCACAAGGGACAGAUCGUAUGGAAAAUUGAUUCCACCUCCAACUUCAGUGACGGUGAGACCCAGGUCUGUUUCAGGUACUACCAUGGCGUCAGCGGAGCACUGAGGGCUACGACACCCAGCAUAACCAUAAAGAAAGCUUCUGCACCUGUAUUAAAGCCAAUGGUUAGUCCUGAAGUCCACCAUGGACUGGGCAACAGGAGACUCAUAAACUUUUCCUUAUCAGACCUCCAGGCAGUUGGUUUGAAGAAGGGGAUGUUUUUCAAUCCCGACCCCUACCUGAAACUUUCUAUCCAGCCUGGAAAGCACAGCAUCUUCCCCUUGCUACCACACCACGGCCAGGAGAAACGCUCUGGAGUGGUCUGCAACACAGUCAACCCACAAUGGAGCAAUGAGAGGUUCACCUUUGUGUCUCUGCCCACUGAUGUCCUGGAGAUCGAAGUGAAGGAUAAAUUUGCCAAGAGUCGGCCAAUCAUCAAGCGUUUUCUUGGAAAGCUCUCUGUCCCUGUCCAGAGGCUGCUGGAAAAACACGCCAUUGGGGAUCGAGUAGUGAGUUAUUCGCUGGGUCGCAGGUUGCCAACAGACCAUGUCUGCGGCCAGUUGCAGUUCCGCUUUGAGUUGACUUCUUCUAUUCAUCCAGAUGACGAAGAGAUCUCUCUGGUCAUAGAGUCAGCCUGUCCUCAGGGGGGAAAUACACCAAAUAACAACCAUGCUGCUGAUGCUCCUGAUGAUGACACAUUAAGUGUGGGACCUGACAUGCCUGACCUCCCCCUGGAUGCCCCUCCUGACCCUGGAAUUACGGUAGUACCAGCAUCCACAGUGGAAGCCUCCACACCUGAGGAUGUCCAUGCUGAGGUUGAGGAGGCUGAGUCGACACCAGAAGAGCAGGAAAAUGUGGAUGAGGAGAGCACAGUGAGGGAGGAGCCCCUGUCUACAGAGCCACAAGUGGAGCAGGAGGAGGGGGAACUGGCUGAACAGCAAGAAGGGAACAGAGGAGAGGAUGGAGAAAGGGAAGAGAGGCAGCAAGAGCAAGUAGAAGAGCAGCAGAGAGAAAAGUCUGCAUCACAAGCUCAGGAGGAUGUGACUGGAGAAGAAAAUUAUGUUGGGGAGGAAAUUCAGCCAAAGCCAGACUCUAACAAUCCUGUUGAAAUAUCAACAAACAAUGGGGCUGUUACCAUGGGGGACACCAUGGAGGGAAACAUCACUUCCCAUAAGGCCGAUGUAGAACAAAGGGCUGCUCAGGAGACAGAGGGAGAAGAAAUAAGCUGCCUCACCUGCAACUGCGAAUCCCUCUUCUCAAACUAUAACUCUAAUGCUCCUUUGCGCCGCAAAAAUCGACCCUGCUCCCUUCCUGUGUCAGAGCUGGAGACGGUGAUCGCGUCAGCCUGCGGAGAGCCGGAGACACCCCGAUCCCACUACAUUCGGAUUCACCACCUCCUCCACAGUCUCCCCUCAGCCCAACACAGACCUCCCAGCCAGGAGGAGGAGGAAGCCAGGGAUGGAGAGAAUACAAGCACCACUCAAGACACCACUUCCACAAAACGUAAAACCUCCAAAGAGGAGGAGGGGCUGGAGGAUGAGGAAGAGGAUGAUACAACCCUGUCUCCCUCUCAGGUCCCGGAGUGUCCCGGCCCCUGCUGUCGUCGGUCCUUACCACGCAGCCUCUCCAUUGAACGCCUCUCCGAGCUAAACCUGCUCCUGGAGGGUGUUGGAGGAAGGGGAGGAGCAGGACAUACAACAGUCAGGAGGGUCUCUCCCUCCUGCCUGGAGAGCGAGGAGGGGGAUUCCAGUAAUGGAGGAGGAAGAAGUGUUGGUGGGAGCACACUCAGACACCAGGGUGAGAACGACUGUGAAUUCUGUGACACAUCCUGCUACAGCACCUCCUGCUACAGCACUUCCUGUUACAGCACAUCAUGUUACAGCAACUCUGGCUACGAGGGUAGGAGCCGCUUUUGCAGCCAUACCCGCCUGUCCUCGGUGGACAGCAACAGACUCUCUGGUAGUACGGUGUUCUCCUCCCAGGAUGAAGAUGAAGAUGAGGAAAGUGCCUUUGAGUCAGUACCUGAUAGCAGCCUCUUGCCAGAUGGCCAAGAGGUGAGCGGGUCAGGAGGAGAGAGGAGGACAGAGAGGCUGAAGGAGGCCAGGAGAGGACAGCAGGCAGAUCCAGUUGUGCCAGGGCCCAGCGAUAGAAACAACAUUGGCUCAGACUCCUCCCCUCCUGUUGGCCAUCUUCCAGUCCUGCGACCCAGCCAUGACCUAAACCAUUUUCCUGCUGCCACUGACCAAGCCUUACCUCCAAACUGGGAAGCUCGUAUUGACAGCCACGGCAGAGUUUUUUAUGUUGACCAUGUCAACCGUACCACAACCUGGCAGAGACCAAGCCAAAGCAGCAAGUGUAACCACGGCAUCCCCCGCUCAGGAUCCACACAGCAGAUGGAACAACUCAACAGGAGGUACCAAAACAUCCAAAGAACCAUGGCCACAGAAGAGGAUGGUGAAAGUCCAAGGUUAGAGCGCAGCAGCAGUGCAGAGACUGAUUCUGAGACUGCUCAGACAGGUCCCGCUUCCCCUGUCAAUCACCAGAAGAUCAGCCAUCUCCUCCAAUCACCUGCUGUCAAGUUCAUCACACACCCAGAAUUCUUCACUGUGUUGCACAGUAACUAUGCAGCCUACCGGGUUUUCACCAGCAGCAGUUGUGUGAAACACAUGAUUCUGAAGGUGCGCCGCGAUGCCAGAAACUUUGAGCGCUACCAGCAUAACCGGGACCUUGUGGUUUUCCUUAACAAGUUCGCAGACACUCAGCUUGACCUACCAAGAGGCUGGGAGAUUAAGACUGACCCCCAGGGCAAGUCUUUUUUUGUGGACCACAACAGUCGUGCCACGACGUUCAUUGACCCGCGCAUCCCUCUGCAGAAUGGCCGGUUGCCCGGCCAUCUUGCUCACAGACAACAUCUGCAGAGAUUGCGCAGCUAUAGCGCUGGGGAGGCCUCUGAUGUGUCCAGGAGUCGUGGGGCUUCCCUAAUGGCCAGGCCUGGAAACAGCCUGGUAGCCGCCAUACGAAACCAGCACAACAACUCACAACAAAUGACUGCGCCUUCUUACAAUGACAAAAUUGUGGCAUUCCUUCGACAGCCAAACAUAUUUGAUAUGUUGCAAGAGCGGCAGCCAAGCCUAAGUAGAAAUCAUGCUCUGAGUGGUUGGAAGUUGUAUGAACAUCAUUGCUGGGAGAAAAUUCACUACCUUCGGACAGAAGGUACUCAGGGGGUGGAGAAAUUGUCAUGUGAUGCAGACCUAGUCAUCCUGUUAAGUUUAUUUGAAGAGGAGAUCAUGUCUUAUGUUCAGCCUCAUCCCAUCCACCACGGCUUCAGCAUUUCUCCUCGCUGUUCACCUGGCUCCUCACCACAAAACUCUCCUGGCCUGCAGAGGGCAAGGGCUCCAGCUCCUUACCGCAGAGACUUUGAGGCCAAACUAAGAAACUUUUACAGGAAACUAGAGGCCAAGGGCUACGGGCAGGGACCAGGCAAAAUCAAGUUGCUGAUCAGGAGAGAACACUUGCUGGAGGGAACCUUUAACCAGGUGAUGGCAUACUCCCGCAAAGAGCUGCAGAGAAAUAAACUCUACGUUACUUUCCUUGGAGAAGAGGGAUUGGACUAUAGUGGUCCGUCCAGAGAGUUUUUCUUCUUAUUGUCUCAGGAGUUGUUUAAUCCAUACUACGGUCUGUUUGAGUACUCAGCUAACGAUACUUACACCGUUCAAAUCAGCCCCAUGUCAGCAUUUGUUGAAAACCAUCUGGAAUGGUUCCGUUUCAGUGGUCGUAUCCUUGGCCUGGCUCUAAUUCAUCAGUACCUGCUGGAUGCUUUCUUCACCAGACCCUUCUAUAAGGCCCUGCUCAGACUGCCGACAGACCUGUCCGAUCUAGAGUAUCUGGACGAGGAGUUCCACCAGUCUCUGCAGUGGAUGAAGGAAAACGACAUCACUGACAUCCUGGAUCUCACCUUCACUGUCAAUGAGGAAGUCUUUGGCCAGGUGACAGAGCGGGAACUAAAGUCGGGCGGCUCAAACCUCCAGGUGACUGAGAAGAACAAAAAAGAUUAUAUAGAGCGAAUGGCCAAGUGGAGGGUGGAGAGAGGAGUGGUGCAGCAGACAGAUGCACUGGUCAGAGGCUUCUACGAGGUGGUAGACUCGAGGCUAGUGUCUGUGUUUGAUGCGCGGGAGCUGGAACUGGUUAUCGCUGGUACAGUCGAGAUUGACCUCAGUGACUGGAGGGGCAACACAGAGUACAGAGGAGGUUACCAUGAUGGUCACAUAAUUAUGCGGUGGUUCUGGGCUGCUGUUGAACGGUUCAACAAUGAGCAACGUCUCCGCCUGCUGCAGUUUGUCACUGGGACGUCGAGCGUGCCUUAUGAAGGCUUUGCUGCGCUACGGGGAUCCAACGGCCUCAGACGCUUUUGUAUUGAGAAGUGGGGCAAGGUCACAUCACUACCCAGGGCUCACACCUGUUUUAACCGUCUGGACCUGCCUCCAUACCCUUCAUACACCAUGUUGUAUGAGAAACUGCUGAUCGCGGUGGAGGAAACCAGCACAUUUGGCCUGGAAUGAGCCAGCAAGACUUAAAGACAUCAACACUGCAUCCUUUUCUGUGUGACAAUGGUUGGGCAAAAAAAAAAAAAAAUAUCAGCUCUUCCGUAUUGAACACGUUGUAAAGAUACCCGGAUUGUGCUCAACGAAGUCUUUGGUCAUGUGGAUGUAUGUCACUGGUAUGGUACUGUUUCUUAGAACCUCUCGCUGAGCUAUGACGAUCUUUAUCACAGCACCCAGCACUUGGUACACCACAGCAGGAAAACUGUUAUUUUUGUAAUUAUAACAUGAGUUCUAAAAAAAAACAAGAAAGAAAGAAAACUAUUAAAAAUAUAGACAGAGACAAAAACAAACCCUAAAUUGAACGAGAAAUGACUUCUAUAAGAGUAAUGCAAUUAGUGCACAUAAACAUUUAACAAAGCUUCAGGUUUGCCAUUUUUCAUCUACUAAAUGAAAACUGGAGAUAUUCAGAUGAAUCUAUGACCAUGGCCUUAAAAUAUGUGGUUUGAAGUAUAAUGCAGGUUUAAAAAGCUCAAAAUUAUGGAUACUCUGAUGCCAAAGGAUUAAUUAUGUUAUGUUUACUUUUAUCUGGAGAGUCAAAGAAGAUCAUAUAUAUUUUAGCUGGAAAGUGCUGGGCCAGUAGAAAUAUGGCUGAGAAUAUUAUACUGGGAUCCAGUAUAUAAAAUAAUUAUGGAAAUAGGAUGUUGCUGUGUGCCUGAAACCAUCCAUUUCAAGGUCUUAGAGGUGAUUACUAUAACUUAUACAAUCAAAUUGAAAACUGUUAAACCACUUGCAGGGUGAUAAUGCGGACAAAAACAUAUCUAUUAGAAUCACUAUUCUGCAUUAGAAAAGCAGGCAGAAACGUGUUAGCAGAUAAUGUAUUCUGUUCGGGGACGAUUUCUGGUACUUGAUUACAAAAUAGUGCCCUAAUUUAAUCUCUUGGGAACAUGACAGGAUUUUGAUCAGAUUACACACAUUUAGAAAAUAGGAGCAGCACCACUAACCCACUCUGUCAAUAAUAUUUAAGACAACAUAAAUUGAGAAAUUGUGGUCCUCUUUUUGUUCACCAAGCUUCUGAAUGAUGAGCAGAAUGUGAAGUUUCAAAAGUAUCGCUUUUGCUUAAAAAUGUAAGUGAUUUGGCACACUGAAACCAAGGGAAAAAAAUAAUAUAUGGAUACUCAUUGGUCUAAAUCAGAUUCAGCCUACCAAAAGGAUAUCCAGGUAAAGUGUGUUGUAAAUCUUCUUAAAUAGAUGCAUCUCAUCAGUAGUUAAAGACAUAUCCCAUACUGCAAUAUGUAAUAAAGUUUGGAUACCCAAGAAGUGCUGAAUCGUCCUGGAAAGUAGAGAUCUGGACCUUCACCAUCCCAUUAUCUGUCUCCAUCUGGUUAAAUCUGGUCUAAAGUGAAGACAGCUACUGGGGGCAGACCAUUCAUGGUCUCCUCUAAAUGGACAGCAAUAUUACGGACAAAGAAUAUUAUCAGUCUCUCCAGCAGUCUCUCUGCUAUGCUUUCAAAUCAGAGAUAAUGACCAUGUAAACAAAUGGACUGUUUCCAAUUGUCAGAGUGGAAUGAACAUCCUUUUAGCCAAAGUGUUGUUUCAUCUUUCAGCAUCUCAGGUCCUGCUGUUUGAAUGUGAAAGGCUUGUACUCUUUUUCAAAUCCUCACUGAUGAACUUGUUCUAUCUGGUUAAGUACCUUUCACCAUCUCAAACAAGGGACUAGUGCAAAGCAGCAAGUCAAGGGCCUGGGAUCAUUGGAUUUGUUCCUUCAAACUACACGGUCCUCCUGGUAUAUUGUGAUGUGUGCAGGGGCCCUUGGACGAACUUAAUGCAAUGGUUAAGACUUUUUCUCUAGUAUAUGUCCACAGUCUACCAAGUUCUUUGCGACAAUGUUCAAUUGCACUGUGCCCUCAGCAUUUCCAGCCCAGUGUUAGUUAGUUCAGUAAUGGAACUGUGCCUCAGUUACUUACUGCCUCAUAUGUGGCCUGAAAGUCUUGAGUUCAGAUAUUUGCCUUGGUUCCAUUUUUAAACAAAAAUAUGCAUGUUUUCCUAAUGUCAGUGUAAUGUUGCCUUCUUUCACCUUUUUAACAGACAUCAGGUUCAUUGGAGACACUGAUUGCAUUUACAUUAAGCCUCUCUUAAUGUAAAUGAAUCUGAUAUCAAGCAGACCAACUAUAGAUGAAACUAACAGAAAUAAAAGGAUUGCAAUUUAAUACAUUUUAGCCAGAUGUUGAAUCUCUAGAAGCUGCAUACAUUAUCUUUAGUCUUCCAAGGACUAAACCGUUUUUAAACACAACCAUUAGGAUAUCUGGAAAGGGAUUUAGAUUAUCAAAGUGUUUCCAGGUUUUAAGGAGUUCUACUUUAUGUGACCCUCCACACAGUGACAUCAAAAUAGAUCACUUAAGCCACAUUCUGUAUGAAGUUCAAAAAUAAAUAAAAUCUGUGAAGAGUUAAAAACCAAAGUGAGCUUAACGGAACACAAAAGUCCAUUCCUCUCUCUGCUUGAGGCUAGUGGCUUUUGGCUAAAUUAGCUACUCUUAGCAUUACACACCACUCUCAGGCUGAACUGUUGGCCAAGUGCUUUGGUUGUCUAACCCUAACCGCACUGUAAGCAUAGUCUAUUUGCCAUGACAAUAAUAUUUCCUUAACUCUAACCAUACCCUAGUUGCCAUUUGAGAAUUUGAAACAUUUUUGUCAAAUAGAAUUAUUGGGUGUUUCACAGAGUCUGUUUAACAGGGUUGAGAUAUGAUGUCCUUAAAAUGCUGUGUAUAAAUAGGGCUUAAAAUACAGAAGUUUUAAAGCAUUUAACUGUUAGCCUUUAGAGGGACAUAAACCAUCUUCUUCUACUCACCCAAAGCAUUGUGCGAUUCACUCCAGUCCCUGACCCUGACUAGGUUGGUUAAUAGAAAAGGUAGAUGCAAUCUCUGAAGUGUUUUGCAUGGGUCAACAAUUGACAAAGAUUUCAUUACAUGAUCUGACUUUACUUAAUGCUAUUACAUUAAUUUGAACCAUCUUGAUUAUUUUGCUAAAUAAUCUAACAAAAGUUGGUACUUAACAAUAGUUAAGAGCAGAGUUUUGGAGCACUGGAUUAGUAUAAGUACAUUUUAAAAUGAUAAGAAUGAUUUACUCUUCUAGUAAACUGUACAGGCAACUAGAUCAAUAGUACUAUAGUCAUCCUUGGCAGUGAUGAGGCCUUAUCCAUGCAUUUCGACAAGCAAGAGAACAAGGCUGUGAUUAUGUUCCUCUUCCCUGCCAUUUUAUCCAUCCCAUCGUAUGCCCUGUUGUUUUUACUAUAUUAAAAGAAAAGGUCCUUUACUGUCACCUUGAAUGUUUUUUUUAUUUGCCAAAAGACAAGAAGCAUCAGUUGAAAAGAUUGCUUUCAUUUUUUACGCAUUUGAGUUUUGAUGUGUGUUUUUCUCUUUUAUUUUAUAAUAAGCUUGCUGGUUAUAUGUAUUUCCCUUUGCAGGUAAUGUGCUACCAUGAAGUCUGUCUUUGUUUUCAUUAAUAUUUCUUGUUUUUUCUUUGCAACUUUCUGUGAUCACGCUGUCAGUUUCAUCAUUAAGGUGUUGUGAUGUUAAUAGGAUUUUUGUUUUUUAUGUCACAGAUGUCACACUAUGCCAGACUCUUCAGGGCUGCACGUGUUGUUCUUAUCUUAAGUACAAGGUUCUCAAAGAGUAUUGGUUAACAACACUCUUAAUACACAAUACAAGUGUGUUGAAAGCAGCAUUAUAGAAAUAUUUAAUAUUUAAAUACACCUUUAGAGGGGUAAAUAAUUGUGAGGUAAGGUGUAGUAGCUAUUUGGAAUGUUUCUUUUUUCUAGCUAUUUUACAUUUUAAAUUUAAUUCAACAAAGGGAAUAUGGAAAUGGCUGGAUGGAUGGAUGAUGGCAAUUUUGCUGAAGGUAAGACCGAAGCAUGCAUGUGUUGUUGUUUCUCGUUUGUAUGUGGUUUUGUGUGUGUGUGUAUUUUAGCCAUGGUGUAUGUACAUCAUGUUGAAAGGUAUAGUUCUGGUUUUUCGCAGAAGUGGUUACUAAAUACUAAGGCUGUGCUAUUGCUCUACCACACCCUACAACUGUUAAUGAUUCUCAAUAAA